AUGACGAGUUCCCUGCCAAGACGUAUUACAAAAGAAACGCUGCGCCUGAUGAAUGAUCCAGUGCCUGGCAUUUCAGCAAUACCGGAUGACAGUAAUGCUCGUUAUUUUCACGUUAUUAUUGCUGGUCCCGAAGGUAGCCCAUUUGCUGGUGGUGUUUUUAAGUUGGAACUUUUCUUACCUGAAGAAUAUCCGAUGGCUGCACCGAAGGUUCGAUUUAUGACGAAAAUUUAUCACCCGAAUAUCGAUAAGUUGGGACGAAUAUGUUUGGAUAUUCUGAAGGAGAAGUGGUCACCGGCACUUCAGAUACGUACCGUUCUACUCUCGAUCCAAGCGUUGCUCUCGGCGCCAAAUCCAGAUGAUCCAUUAGCGACAGACGUUGCGGAGCAAUGGAAGAAUAAUGAAAGUGAUGCGAUACGCACAGCGCAAGAAUGGACACGUACUUACGCAACUGGUGAUUGA